AUGAGGGGUGAGGAGGACUUUGUGGCUGCCCACGCCGUCAAAGUCAACGUGUUCCACACGAUCGACUAUCUCCUGAAGCACAGCAAGGCCAUUCGCGAUGGCGUGAAGAGCGGGCAGAUCGAGAUUCAAGGCGCGGUCUACGACCUCUCCACUGGCGUUGUGGACUUCAUGGGUAGGUCUACGCGGCAGGCGGAGCUGCUCGAGUCCGAGAUCUCCAUGCCGCCGACCGUCCUCAAAGUGAGCAAGGCCGGCGCGGCGCUUCGCGGCGUCUACGGCGUGCGCACAGGUGCCGACGACUCCAUGGCACCCGGUGAUGCACUGGACAAGCUGAAGGAGGGCAACGAUCGAUACGUUCGUGGUGAGCCCCAGGCAUCCGCGGUGAACUCUCCCAUGCGCAAGGCGCUGGUGAAAUCAGGCCAAGCCCCCCACACUGCGGUGAUUGGAUGUGCGGACUCGCGGGCUCCCAUCGAGACGCUGUUCGACUGCAUGCCGGGUGAGAUCUUCGUGCUGCGCAAUGCCGGAAACACCGCCACGCAUGCUGAAGGCAGUCUGGUGGGCAGCCUGGAGUUCUGCACUGGAAAGCUGGGGAGCCGCCUGGUGCUGGUCCUGGGCCACACUCAGUGCGGCGCCAUCGUCGGCGCCACCAAGACCUUCCUCGACGGCAAGAAGGAGACCGCUGCAGGCAGCGCCCUCGAGGGCUUGCUGAAGGAUCUCUCUGAAGUCGCUGCUCAGGCGAGCGAGAGCUUGGGGAAAGGUGCCAGCGUGGAUGAGCUGGCCGCACAUGCCGUGAAGGUGAACGUAUUCCACACCAUGAGCUUCCUUCUCAAGUACUCCGAGCCUCUGCGGGAGCUCGUUCGCAGCGGACAGGUGGACCUGCAAGGCGGCAUCUACCACCUGGAGACGGGCCGUGUCGAAUUCCUGGGCCAUGCCCCUGACCACAAGGAGCUCUUGGCCGCGAAGACAUCGCUGCCCCCUUCCAUGGAGGGCAUCGCGCAGGGCAAGGUCCGGACGGCCGCCGACGAGCCAAUGAAGCCGGAGGCAGCGAUGAAACUGCUGAAGGAUGGCAACGACCGCUUCUGCCACGGAAAGCCCAUGGCCGGCAAGCUCGACUCGCAGAUGCGCAAGGCGCUCGCCACCGCCGGCCAAGCACCCCACACAGCGAUUGUUGGCUGCGCCGACUCCCGCGUGCCCCUGGAGCUUGUCUUCGACGUGCUCCCUGGCGAUCUCUUUGUCAUGCGCAAUGCUGGCAACACGAUCACCCAUGCCCGUGGAAGCGUCGUUGGCAGCCUCGAGUUCUGCGUCAGCGCUCUCCGCACGCAGAUGGUCGUGGUGCUUGGCCACACCGCCUGUGGGGCCAUCAAGGGCGCAACCGGCGCCUACUUGAAGGGAACGAAGCCAGAGGAGGCCAAGGGCGCGCUUGAGGGCCUCUUGGUCGAGCUCGGCAAGGUGGCGGCCAACGCGGCCAAGGAGCUGGGGUCCAACGCUUCGGAGAAGGAGAUUGCGGACCAUGCAGUCAAGGUGAAUGUCUUCAACACGAUCGACAAUCUUAUCAAGGGAAGCUCGACUAUCCGCGACAAGGUGAAGAACGGCACGGUGGACAUCCAGGGCGGCAUUUACGACCUGGACACCGGUCGAGUGCAGUGGUUGGGUCGCAGCCCCAAUCAGGCCGCUUUGCUGUGA